AUGGUCCAGCCCCUUGCCGAUCAAAAGAAUGAGGCCAACAGUGAGGCCGACUGUGAGGCCAGCAGUGAGGCUAACGUCGAGACGGCGCGGACACCGCAAGACCUGGCUGCCAACCUGCACCGCCUUGGCAAGCCGUGUCUGUUGGUCCAUGCUCUCUGCUUGGAAUAUGGUUGUGCCAUCGUCAGCCGCACCAAUGCUGGUGGUGAUUAUCACCUCGAGGUUCUGAGUCUCGAUGUUCAUGCCUUGCAGUACCUCACACCUCCCAACAAGCCGGUCCUGCUCAGCCGAGGACAGCAAGCUCUCCCUGUUGGCGUGGUUUAUGAACUGGAAAAAGCGCAAGAGGUGGCCGAGACGGCUCUGGAGGUUGCUGGAAAGCUUCGCUAUAAGAGCAAAAAGUCGCAGAACCAGGAAAAGAAGCACCACAGUACCCCAGGCUUCAUCCAUGGGGCUUGCAAACAUGCACUUACUGCACUGCAAACCUCAAAAACACCAGUCGAUGAUUCCUUUGAAUUUACCGAUGGUACGCUGGAUUUUGGUCAGCACACCCACACGGCUCACAAGCCGACUGCUUGGCCAGUGCUGCGGGAGCUCGUGCUGUAUGCCCUCCGAAUCAGGCAAGAAGAUCCAUGGGCCAGCCCACCACCGAAACGAGCAAGUCCCCUGGCCGAAGAACUCCUUCUUCUGCGCUUUGCUGCCUUUGUUACCACGUCCAAUGCACCAAGAAAAAUCGAUCAACCGCAUCAUAAGGCCUUGCAGCGCUGGACGAUGCUUGCAAAUACCUUCGGUCAGAAAUUACGUGCAGUACAUGAUCCUCUGCUGCACGCCAGCUUUUGUGAGCUCUGCCAUGACAUGCAAAUCUCAUGGCCAACGCGAGAUGAGGCGAUCUCUUCCACCGAGGCAUCAUGCUUACCAGACUUUGACAAUCUCGACUUUGAUCAAGUGUCUCGCCAUUUGCCUCAAGAUCUAGCUGAGCGGCUCAAUGAAACAAUUGCCGAUUUGACUCAGUGUAUCCCAGCUCCGCUGCAAGCACUCGACCUCGAGGCAAUUUGCCAAGACCUCGGCGAAAGCAUACCGCAUGACACAGACUUAUUCAAUGAGUUAAACUCUGGACAAGUGACCAUCGAGACAUGCACUGCUUACAGGCCAAACGCAGUGUCACGCAGCCAAAAAUUGUCCCAGACAAUACGUUUCAGGUUGCUCUUUGAACAGUUGGUGCAUGGCUUCCUUACGCGUGUGGACAACGAAGAAAACUUGUUGCUGGAAGAAGGUCAAGAUCAACGCCUCAUGGAGUUGCUGGCUUGUUAUCGGGAGAAGACAGACGAGCUUAUGGACAUAUUGACAGCUCCAGAAGAACCAGACAUUACCACGCCGUUUGUGGCAGAAGUUUUAGCUCCGCCAGGCGUUCUACGCUCCAAAGUCGCCCUAAUGGAGGCUGGCGUGUUGGUGAUUCUGCGUUGCGCUGCAGAGCAAGUUUAUGAGCGACUGGGUUGGACCAAAUACCCCAUGCCCCAGAUUGACGAACAGGUCAAGACAUGGACGCUCCCGUAUUCCAGAGACCAGCGCUGCUGCCAACAGAUCGUGCGGUUCUUACGAAGCAGAGUUCACCGCGCUAACCAAGAUCCGCUUGGCUGGUGCAAAGGACACUUGUUCGGGCUAGAUUCGGAUUUCGCGCAAAAUUAUGCAGAUUGGUCGUCCAAUACAUACAAAGCCUUGCGUUCUCGCCUUGUGCUUGAGCGCAAGCAUGACGAGGAGAAGAAGGCGCGACAUUGGAAAGAAACUUUGGAAAAGCAAAAGACGGAGCGUUUGGAAACAAAGUGGCUGCAAGAAAACCGUCCACACCUAAAAACCGCUCAUCGGGAGCUUGAAUCGGCGUUAGCUGAGGCAGAUAUGAAAAGGCGGCUGUAUGAACGCCACUACGGACAGUGUCCAGUGUACUAUUGCAUCAAAUGUCAAGCCCUUUCCGGGGACACGGACAGUGCUGCCGAUGUUCAAGAGGACAAACAAAGGCAAUACGACCGGUGGAACACCACAGUCGAAAGCCACGAAGAGACGCGCAUGACGGCUCGAAAGCCACCUUACCCUGUUCAGCUUUCACUGCCAAAAGAUGACCUUAGCGGUCUUCAAGCACUGUUCAUUCUUUUCACGCCACUUCGCUUUCAGGUCUUGAUGAAAGCAAUGAUUACUGUAGUGCUUCAGACGCAUGAUAAAGAUCAGUCGCGGCCCGACCAGUACAAAAGUAGCAAAUCCUCUUUCACCCCCAUGCAAACGUUCUUCAACGAGCAUAAGGCAGGGGACCAGGAUCGAGCGCAAGCCACCGACGCUUGUUUUCCUGCAUUUUGGUAUGUGCGUGUUGCACGCACCACGUCCCAAUAUUCCAACGUCGGAGCGCUUGACGGCCGAGAAGAUGAUGUCUACUACAUGCGUCCUGAGGAAGGCCAGCCUUAUGCUGUUUACAAGCGCAAGUCUCUUGCAGAGAUCGUUGCCUUGUAUGGGGCUCUGCCACCCGAUGACAAGAACCAAGCUGAUGACAGCAGCAGCCACUUUCGACACAUUGCAGACACACCUGUUCUUGAGGACGAUGAGCCCAGAAACGACCGAGGCAACUAUGGCAAGGCUUUUCCAUACGCUCUGGGUUGGAACGACAGCCUGGAGGCGAGUGAGGCCAUUUCUGCCCUGCGUGCUGGUGCCCUAGCACAAUGGCAGCAAUUAGCUGCUGUUCUACGCACAGGUGUACUACCUCUCAGCGAUGCCAGAGUGGCGCGAACCUGUCUGGCCAUUCUUGCGGAGGUGGGCCCUGUGAACGUAACAACGGAGAACGACAAAGCGCACGGCAGACGGUGGGCAUGGACGACGCAAGAUGACCACGCACACAAGGCCUUUCUUGUGGCCCUCGACGGCGCAAUGGCCCGUCUGGGUCGAGCCACAAAGCUGUUGCCAGAUGCAGCAACGCUGGGUGCCUUGGCUGGAUGUCUCACCGCCUUUGACAGGGAUGAGGACGCAAGCAGUGAAUAUUCACCUGGUGACAAUGGUCACAAGGCCAGCCUGACUGCCUUUGAUCUCCUGAUGAAGCUCACAGAUUUUCUGCAUGAACAUGCACGAGAAUGGGCCAAGCAGCUGAACCACGCGAUUCAAAACGGUUACCACAAAGAGGCCGAUGACUUGACUCAGCGACGUUUUGACGCCUUCAGCUUAGCUCUUCUUGCUUUUCGUUUUGUGGACUGGCGAGUGCUAUCGCCGCCAAAGCGCCAGCGGGCACUCCGACGCUUGGUUUGCCUGCGCAUUCUCAGCAGCCGUCAGAGUCUGAUGGCCGAGGCGCCUAGCGAAGCAGUGAGCUGCCGCAAUCGUGUUUUCUCCGAUGCCACCAAUACACUCAUGACCGAAGCGCUGCAUUUUUUGCAUCCAGAGCUCAUGGACGCUCUCAAUGAUGCAAGUUUUGCGGCCCAGGUGGAAGCCUGGUGUCAGGAAAGCUUGAAUCGCCCUGGCGGUGAAGCAUCUACUUCACGCAAUGGGACAUCAAGUUGCAAACUGGGUCGAAACCGCUUGACUGCGUUGGUGAUCAACGAAGGCGAGAUUGCCAUCAACAUGCUGACGGGGGACAUGCUCUUCAACGGCAAACCGCCUGGCCUCCUGCCCCCUCGCAUGCUGCAAGAUGAUUCUUAUCGCAACCUCUUUGGUGACCGACGCUUCAAGGUGACUUCAGACCGGGACGGCAGGACGUAUCGAUCGGUUGCGCCUUUUGAUGGGCAUCACUAUCGCUUUACAGUGAAGAACAACCGCUUGAACAUUUAUCAGACCCCUGAGGAUCAUCGAGACGACCCCGAGCAUGAGCUGCUCUACGCACCAGAGAUAAAGACUGGGGCUAAACCGAUUGAUGACCUCCAUGUUCCAUGGAUGUCACCAGCCACCAAGUCUGUCGUUUGGCGCAAAGACCCUACCCAAGGCGCGCUCAAUAUACAAGCUCAGGUAGCUGCGUACGUGUGCGUCGCCGAUGAGAACCAGCGCCGCUCUCUGUUGAGGGUACCAUCAAAUCAGGAUGGGUCAUCCAUCCCCAAGCUAUUCCACAAGGCCUGGGAACAUGUGUCAACCAACAUCAGCAACAGCAAUAAUGACAGCAGUUGGUUCACCUGGAUCUGGCCAGAGGCUGUGCAAGCCGUUCCAGAGCUGUUACAGCUGAGCAAGGUGCUGAAGCGGGUGGAUAGUUUGGCGUACAUCACUUGGCAUCUGCCCACGGAGGGUGUUUCUCAGCUUGAGAUUGACUUGCUCCAAUGCGGCACACAGCUAUCUCUGAUACCAGCAGAGGGACUCUUGUCCAUUACACAUCGCGGUUACCGCCUGGCCAAAGACCAGCUGCUGCACAAUUUGCUACCUUCACACACUGCGUACCUCGUACUCGAGCGGCACGAUGGGGGUUCACGUCCAGCUGACCUACUGCAACUUGCGCGACAGGUGGUGCUAAUGCCAGAUCGAGACGGCGAGUCAGCGAAGCCCAAGCCUGGGCAGCUGCCACGCAUUCGUACCUUUAUUUUCAGUAUUCAUGGCAUACUCGGCCAUCUCGAGGCAGCAUCGCGGAUGUCACGUCUCUUUCUUGCUCGCGAAUACAGUCGGCUGCCAAUGCACUUGAUGGAGAAGAAUUCAGGUCUGUUCGUGGCGGACAAAGCCGCGGAGCUUCUUCGAGAAAGUUCGCAUUGGGCGCAAGCCCCCACAGAGUCAACACUUGAGGAAGAGGACUACAUCUGGCAAAUGGCCGACAAGUCAGAAUCAGAAUUUGCUCUGCUACGGCUUCGUGCCCUUGCCACGCUGCGUCAAGGACGGUCUUGGGACAGGCAGGCAGACGAUCCUUGCAAAGAGUGGAACACGCCCAGUGAAUUGGCGUGGUAUCAGAUGGUCGAACAGGAGCUGCCCGUUACAGCAAGACUUGAUCGCUCAGAGCGUGACGUAUUGGAAAUGCCGCAGCCGAGUGGCAGGGCCCUUCCUCGACCCUUUCUCGGCGACUGCGAGCUUGAUACGGAUGGGUCGCGCAUAUCAAAUGCCGAUAGGGCAUCUCAUGGUAGCCACACCACUCAGACUUUGCUUGACGCAGCCCGAACCGAAGCCGACAAAAUCCCAUCCGUGCGAGCUAUGGAGGAAGAGCUCUUGCAUCUUGUCACUCAGCGACCUGUGCCACGUAUGGGUGCCACUGAUUCAACGACAACGUGGGCAGCAGAGCUGGACAAUCUUAAAAACAAUAAGAAUAUAUUGCCCGAACAUCGUGAGCGUCUGACCUCGCUGUUGCUCGAGAUUGCUAAGGCGAGCCGUGACAAAACAACCAAACCAGCGGCCACCACAUCCAUUGGUCGCCACCUGCAUCAGCAACUCGAGAAGAGCAAAGAGCUCCAUGAUUACCGUGCAAGCGUGCAAUUCGACGUGUCGGAGCAGAGCGUCGAAGCUAUUCUUGCUAAACAACGCACUAGGAUUGAUUCUCGACAGGCGUUAUGGCAGGCCAUUGCAGCCGUACUCAACCCAACAAUGAGCGAGAAUGUCUUGAACGACGAUCCCAUUUGUGCCCGGUACCAACUUCUUUUGACGUCGGGCCAUAUGCGCCAAGCCUCCCCCCGAGGGCUGCUGUAUAUAUGUGCCGGGAGGGACGCCCACGAGUGCUGGUCGCGGGCAUGCGAAUUCAAUUUUUUUAUCAACCUUGAAGACAUGCAUCAUCUACUGAAGUUGGCAAAACAAUGGAUGGAGCUUUGUGUGCUCGAGCAGCGGGUUGAUCGCCUGUCGCGCCUGGUUCAAUGCAUGUACGCUGUGUCAAAAGACGAGCAAGAAGGCUUACGGCAACUACUGCUCCUGGAACUCACCACGACGCGAUUGAUCUGGCAGCAGCCUGCAGACCAUGAAUUUGAGAUGCAACGCCACCAAACGGGGGAUGAUGCAAUUCGCCGGGCGACAGAGCGUGCCUGGCUUGUUUUUGAGGUUGAAAACCAACUUCAGAUCCGACCCAAGCAAUACCAUGUUGCCUGGACGUUGAUUCGAGACUCAAAAGCCGGCAAAGCUCCCUUGCUACAGCUGAACAUGGGAGAAGGCAAAAGCAAAGUGAUUCUGCCGUUGCUUCUGCUACAUCAGCGCGUUCGUCGCCGCUCACAGCGUCCACUACCUUUUGUCUUCUUCUUGCCUCAACUGGUGGACCAAUCGCUUGACCAUUUGCAACGCACGCUGACGGCCAGCGUCUUCCAGUUGCCACUGCUGCAGCUGCACUUUGACCGCCAAGUCACGGUUGAGGCCAACUGGCUACCUCGGGCUAGACAGCGCCUUGAGGCAUUGCGCCGAACUGAUGGUGGUGCGGUUGUAUUACGCUCCAGUGACCUGCUAUCGCCGGAGCUCAAGUGCAUCGAGCUGAACUCCUGUGCUCCGGCCUUGUCCAAGGGACUGCGCGAUUUAUUGAAAACCAUGCCGCGUGUGCAUAUUUACGACGAGAUUGACAAGAUUUUGGACUUUCAUUAUGAGCUCAUCUACGCCGAUGGGCCCCGCCAAGCCGUUUCACGCCGUGCUGAACGCGUGGCAGCUUGUCAAACUUUGCUCAGCUUGCUUCAUCACCCAACCGAUGACAUGAAUGAGGCAAUGCUCAUGUCUGAUGGUACCAAAUGGAUUGUUGCGGAACAUCGCGAGCAGUGCAGUGACCCCAGUGCGUUCGCGGUGCCCUUGGUUGUCAGCGACUCCGUGCCUUUGGAGAAAAAGAUGCAGCUUCUUCGAGCCAUGUGUCGGGCACUCUGCUCGACAGAGCAUGACACCCGACCUGAACUCAAAUGGUUGCAGGGCCUCACAAGCUCUGACAAGCAUCACGUAGAAGAGUUUUUGUGCGAGCCAACAGCCUCGCUGCAUGAUUCACUUGGUGGCGCUCUGGCCGAGGACAAAAGGGCCCAAUUGUGCGUGCUGCGGGGUCUGCUGGCACAUGGAAUAUUGGUCCAAGUGUUGCAUCGUCGCGUCAAUGUCAAUUACGGGUCAGACAACCGACGCAAAAAGCAGCUGUCGGUUCCCUACGAGGCCACGGACUCACCCACCACGCGGAGUGAGUUUGCUGACAUUGACAAGUUGUUGGUCAUGACUCAUCUAACGUGGUACACGGACGGCUUAUCCCUCGAAGGCAUGCAAGAUGCGCUUCAACGCCUUGGCCGACUCCAGCCUAGUCGGCAAGAGACCGUUUAUCAGAGUUGGCGACGCGCGGCUGGCGAGCACAUCAAGCAGCACCAGCGUGUGCCUGACAAGGCUGAUGAGUUGGACGUCAAGGACUCUAACCAAGUGCAGCGAGUGUGGGAGUGCUUUCGUCGCAAUUACGAGUGCAUUAACUUUUGGCUGCGUGAGGUCGUGCUGCCUCGCGACACCUGCGAAUAUCCCAAACGACUGCAAGCAACCCCUUGGCACUUGGCUGACGUGCCGGAACAGAUGGGCUUCUCUGGAACCAACGACACCAACCUCACUCUUCCCUUUGCCGUUUGUCCGGUGCCAGACAUGAACGAGCUCGUCGGUGCCGCUGCUAGUCUGCGACCGACAAAAGAGGAUGUUGAUCGUGAGCUCGCCGCAACCAACGGCAUGAUGGUGCGCGCACUUGAAGCCCACUGCGUGCGCAAUGAGGUACUCUGCCUCGACAACAUUGCAGAGGGUCCCGACACUCCCGUCAUGGAGCUGGUGCUGGCAGCCGUGCUGAAGGAGGGGGCCCACGCCUUGAUUGAUGUGGGGGCUCAGCUUGCAGGCAAGUCGUUGAGCGCGUGCGCCAAGUACAUUUUUGAGAACAGCACGUGGACCCAUGUGGUGUACUCGCUGCGUGAUCCACGGCAACGAUGGGUCGUGCAUCACCGCAAUGGCGUGAUAGAAAACCUGCGACAAAGUGCAGUGGCCUCAGCCGAUGCCCUUGUCAUCUAUGACCAAUUUCAAUGCCGAGGAGCAGACCACAAGCUAAAACAACAAGCCAAGGCUAUCAUCACGUUGGGGAAGAACGUUUGCAAGGAUGAGCUCAUGCAAGCAGCAGGUCGCCUGCGACAGCUUCAGCGUGGCCAAAAGUUUCUAUUUGCGGCACCCAAGUAUGUGCUGGAUGCGAUUCAAAAGUUGCCAGGCCGAAACGCCUCUCAACGUGUGGAAAUCCAAGAUGUGAUCGAAUUCGUCAUGGCAAAUACGAAAAGUCGCAACUUGGGCGGGCUUCAUUUGUGGGCUAAGCAGGGCCUUCAGUUUGCAUAUAGCAAAGUACAUGAAGGCAUGUUUGUACUUGACGAGAUAAAUGAGCCUGAAUCCUGCUAUGGCAUGCCUAAUGAUACACUCACUGUGAAAGAAGCUGCCAAGCGCUACAACAAAGAAGUGCUGGAACCACAGUACUCAACGCUUCAUGCAGAAUGUGAUCGUGCAGAGUGUGAAGAUGGGCUCCAAAGGGGCAUUGCGCGCGUGCUGAAACAUUGUGGACGCUAUGGACUAACGCAAGAAGAGCUAAAGGCUGCCUCCGCAGCAGCCUUGGGCGAAGACUUGGAAAUUGAGCGUGAAGAGCAACAGGAGGAAGAAGAACAGGAAGAGGUGGAACAAGAAGUUUUGAGUGUGGAGCCUAAGCAAGAAAGCCUCUGGAACGUGGAGAUUCUGUUGCAAGGCUCUCCUAAGGAGCUGAAGACGCUUCCUCUGAAGAUGCUGAAAACCUGUGCGGCCUUGAAAGAUUUGCGCUUGAAUUGGCCAGCAAACACUGAAUUCUUCUGCACUCAGAAUUGGUACCAAUGGUCUGCAGGAUUAGAGCACGAGACGCGGCUCCCCUAUGUGCGCGCGUGUGUUGUGCGCUUUGAGGGGGGGGAACGACAAAUCACGAUUGUUACAGAGCGCGAGGUGGACCGCCUAUACCAGCACGAGACCGAUCCCUAUGUGCGCUUGCCUCAUGCUUGGCCCCACGAUGAAAAAAAGGCUUGCAUCGUCCAAUUGCCACAGACGUCGACACCUCGCAGUGCCUAUGAUGAGAUUAAGAAAGAGCUCGAACGAGCCUGGAUGAACGCUUUGAGAGAAAGCGAAGAUCCGCGGGAAGUGGUUCAGAAAUUGCUAGCGCCACGAAACGCACAAUUGCGUUAUCCCGAAAGCCAGGUAGCUGCUAUCUGCGAUCAACUCUCAGUUGGCAAAUAAGAAAUGUCUUGAUGCCACGCGUGAAAUGCAAUGGUGAUGUGAGCACUUUUUUUAAACAUGCAUUGAUCGAUGUGUGCCGACCCUCUGCAGUGGAUUGUUCGCCUUGAUUUCGCAUGAUAGACAAACAAGACUUAAAUUUGUCAAUUCAAUUGUUCAAUCUC